AUGGAUUUUUUAUCAAAAUUGUUUAGACGACCGUCAAGCUGCCAUAGCUGUGGCCAGCCUUUAGCUCAUAGAGACAAUUCAGGAAGGUGCAAUAAGUGUAGUAACUUUUAGCCAGAAAAUUAUUUUUGCUCACAAUGUUUAUUGAGUAUUAAGCAUAAACAAGUGUUUUUUACCUCUAUUGUGAGAAUCUGCAAUCCAUGCUCGCAUGACGAAAUCCACAGUAGUGAUCAAGAUUCACCUAACACUUCCAAGUCAAAAGAACUUAACUCCCCCCCUCGGUGAGUGAACAAAACCAUUAGAAAAAUCCCUAUUUUUUUGCCCAAAAACCCACCCUCCGUGAGUGAACAAAAACUUUUUUAAUAGAAAAAAUUUUUUAUGAAAAAAAAAUUGAUAUAUAAGUGAUAAUUAGUAUAACGAAAUCUAUAACUAAUUCUGUGUAAUUUUAAACAAACUGCGUUUUAAAACAAAAAAUUUUAUAAAUUAAAUUAAAAUUUGCUUCCCAAUUUUUGCAAAUUAGGAUUUUUUUAAAAUUUUCGAAAAAAUGUUUUUUCUAUAAAAUUUAUAUAUAGCUAGACAGGAUGACUGGAACGGGGCUUUUUUGGCUUGUCGGCAAGCCAAAAAGGCCCCGUUCCAGUCAUCCUAUCUAACUAUAUAAAUUUUUUUAAAAAAACAUUAACCCCCCUCCGUGAGUGAACAAAAUUUUUUUGUUCACUCACGUAGGGGGGAGUAAGCACGCUAAGGCUGAAGAUGAGAGAGAAAUCAAAUUUAUGUCUCCAAACAAGAAAGAAAUGCAGCUGCGAGGGAAAUCUGUAGAAGAUGAAGAAAUUCCGGCUAUUUUUGACAUUUCUUCAUCAAAACAGGUAAGUUCCAAUUAGUUUCUUCAAGAAGUUAAAAAUAGGGUGAAGCCUAUCAAACAAGAUCCUCUAGAAAUUUAUGAAAUAAAAUCAAGGCUAGGAGAAGGUGCAUCAGGAAUUGUAUACUUAUGUGUUAAUAAGGGCACUGAAAAAGACGUAGUCCUUAAAAGAUACAAACUUGAUAAUCCAGAGGAUAAAGAUAGAGUUCUCCAAGAGAUUUUCAUGAUGAUUGCAGCUGACCACCCAAAUAUAGUAAAAUUUAUAGAAUGCUAUGAAAAUUAGGAUUAGGAUUAUUAAAGUCAGGUGCUAGCCAUAUUGGCGACGCAGUCACCAAAGACCUCCCGUGCGGGAGGUUCAUCCACUUUUUGACUCCAGCCCAGAGGGUCUAUCCCUCUUGCGAGUACCCUUCCGGUACCUCUGUCUCCUCCUUGCCUUGUGGCUUCAGUCUUGAGUGGGCGGCUUAUGGAUUUCUGCGGCCCUGCUACGGAUUGGAGUAGCUUGAUUCCAAGGAUCCUUUAGUCUAUCGGGUGUCGAAGUGCCUUUCUUCGACAGCUACAGGAAAAAAGACUGUUCCCCUGUGGCCUGGGCCGAAAUCCCCAGUUUCUCGGUAGAGGAAUGCCCAUGGGUCAUCGGAUCCAAAGGACGUUGUUGAGCGCCUCCAUUUCUAACCACAGGAAAGCAGCCAAAACCUACCCGGAUACCUCUUGAACCUGCACUUGAUUCUCUGUCGGAGUCCUUCCCAGUUCGCCAUAGCCAUAAGGUCUGAACUGCUGCGCCAAGAGGACAGGUUGACACGUUCGCCAUUUUAAUGUUUGGAUGCUAUGAAGAUCUUAAUCUUAAUCUUAUAUAUGUUAUUGAGUAGCUCCCGGCCAGGACCGUAGGUCCUUUUCUUCCUCCUCUUGGUCGCCUCGCUUGCUUUCUUUGCCCUGCUCCCAGUGUACACCUAGGUGCCACAGGCUACCACUCGGCUCCUUCCGGUCAUGGGGCUUGGUCAUGAAAUUCCGGAAGUAGGCGGACUGGGUCACCAUGCUUCACGUCAUCGACUAGGGUUAGAACUAGGGAUUAACUCCCUAGCUCUUAUCGGCAUCUGCUGUGCCGUCCGAUUUGGGCACCAGCAGUCCCUAGAGGAAAACCCUUUUUUGCCCAUGUCCCGUCUAGACGAUCCGAAAAUCGUCAUUGCUGGACCGGGAGGGAAACCUAGCCGGACACAAAUACCAGUACCCAUACCAGACCUUUCCCUGAGUGGAUUGGCUUCAGGCCGCAUCAAGGUCCCCAGUCUCGCUACAGGUUCGGGAGGACGGGUGUGUCGUCGCCAUUUUAUUUGUGUAUGCUAUGAAGAUAAUGGGUAAUUUAUAUACAGAGAAAUAUGAGCUGUAUUAGAAGCUAUGAAAUGUAACUUGACAAACCUCAUUAAAGACAAAUGGGGAAUGAUGACUGAAAGGCAGAUGGCAUAUAUUUGUAAGGAAAUUUUAUUAGCUUUGAGGUGGCUGCAUAAGCAAAAUAGGAUUCAUAGAGAUAUAAAAUCCGACAAUAUAUUACUCUCUAUUAACGGAGAGAUAAAGUUAAGCGAUUUUGGGGUGUGCGCACAGAUUACAAAUGAAUCGUAUGAUAUGACAAUAGCAGGGACACCGUGCUGAAUGGCCCCAGAAUUAAUUUCAAGCAGCUACUAUGACCAAAAAGUUGAUAUUUGGUCUCUUGGCAUUGUGCUAUUUGAACUUGUAGAAGGAAAUCCUCCUUACUUCAACCAACCUCAAACAGAAAUAUUGCAAAGCAUCGCUAACAACCCUCCUCCGAAGCUCACUCAUCCAACCAAAUGAAGCUCGAGUUUCAAAGAUUUCAUACGAAUCUGCUUACAAAAAAACCCUGGUGAGAGAGCAUCAGCGGACACUUUGUUAAGACACCCUUUCUUGGAAAGGGUGGGAACAUUCGCAAGAGAUGAUUUCAAGGACUUCAUUGAUGAAUGGCUUAAUAUGAAUUAA